CGCCUCGCCUCCCCUGGCCGCCGGACGCACCGGCGGCCGCCCGUCCCCAUGAUGGCCUCAACCGCCACCUGCACCAGGUUCACCGACGAGUACCAGCUCUUCGAGGAGCUCGGGAAAGGGGCAUUCUCGGUUGUGAGGCGAUGUAUGAAAAUCACCACAGGACAGGAGUAUGCUGCCAAAAUCAUCAACACCAAAAAGCUCUCGGCCAGGGAUCACCAGAAACUGGAAAGAGAAGCUAGAAUCUGUCGUCUCUUGAAGCAUCCUAAUAUCGUGCGGCUUCAUGACAGCAUAUCAGAAGAGGGAUUCCAUUACUUAGUCUUUGACUUAGUCACUGGAGGCGAAUUGUUUGAAGAUAUAGUUGCAAGAGAGUAUUACAGUGAAGCAGAUGCCAGUCAUUGUAUACAGCAGAUUCUAGAAAGUGUUAAUCAUUGUCAUCUAAAUGGCAUAGUUCACAGAGACCUGAAGCCUGAGAACUUACUUUUAGCUAGCAAAUCCAAGGGAGCAGCAGUAAAACUGGCAGACUUUGGUUUGGCUAUAGAAGUCCAAGGGGAACAACAGGCUUGGUUUGGCUUUGCUGGCACUCCAGGAUACCUUUCUCCAGAAGUCUUACGGAAAGAUCCAUAUGGAAAACCUGUGGAUAUGUGGGCAUGUGGUGUCAUUCUGUAUAUCCUCCUGGUGGGUUAUCCUCCUUUCUGGGAUGAAGACCAGCACAGACUUUACCAGCAGAUAAAGGCUGGUGCUUAUGAUUUUCCCUCUCCAGAGUGGGAUACAGUGACUCCUGAAGCAAAAGACCUUAUCAAUAAAAUGCUUACCAUCAACCCUGCAAAACGUAUCACAGCUUCAGAAGCACUAAAGCAUCCAUGGAUCUGUCAACGUUCUACUGUUGCCUCUAUGAUGCACAGACAGGAGACUGUAGAUUGCUUGAAGAAAUUCAACGCAAGAAGAAAACUAAAGGGGGCCAUUUUGACAACUAUGCUGGCUACCAGAAAUUUCUCAGCAGCCAAGAGUUUACUGAAAAAGCCAGAUGGAGUUAAGGAGUCCACAGAGAGUUCCAAUACAACCAUUGAAGAUGAAGAUGUGAAAGCUCGUAAGCAGGAGAUUAUCAAGGUUACUGAGCAGUUGAUUGAAGCUAUCAACAAUGGGGACUUCGAAGCUUACACAAAAAUCUGUGAUCCAGGCCUUACAUCCUUUGAGCCUGAAGCUUUGGGUAAUCUAGUAGAAGGGAUGGACUUUCAUCGGUUUUACUUUGAAAAUGCUUUAUCCAAAAGUAAUAAGCCAAUCCACACCAUUAUCCUCAAUCCUCAUGUCCACCUUGUGGGUGAUGAUGCUGCUUGCAUUGCAUACAUACGGCUCACGCAGUACAUGGAUGGAAGUGGGAUGCCAAAGACAAUGCAGUCAGAGGAAACACGGGUCUGGCACCGUCGUGACGGGAAAUGGCAGAAUGUUCACUUUCACCGUUCAGGGUCACCAACAGUACCUAUCAAUGCCUAGCACAGCGGGAUCCCAUUCAUGACUUCGGCCCCUAAAUGCUACGCUAAAAUUAUCAGCGGUGCCGCUCUUGUAUUAUCUGUACCCAACGCACCUGGUUUAGUACCAUCUUGGCCAUCCCGUUCUCUUCAUGAAUGUUUCUGAGUGCAUGAAGUUGUGAAGGUUCUUCAUGUAACACAUUUGUGAUGCACCAUUUUGCUGUGUAUUCCAUCUGUACACUGUUAACAUUUCAAUGAAGGUGGUGUUCCAAGCAAAUAGAAAAUAGCAAGGCAGAAAAGAAAAAAAAAAUACACUUCAUGUACAGCAGUAUAUACAGGAUACAUUUGUCAUCUUUUCUCCAUUUAUGCCAAGUUUUGACAGCCAACUUCAAAAACUAUCCUAUUUAUAAAAAAGAAAAGAAACAAAAAAUACACUUUACCCUCUUUUCUUAAGAACUGUUUUUUGACUCCUUUUCCCUUGAGUCCUCCUUGGUUUUGCUUUCAUUCUGAUAGGAGUGGUUAGGAUUUCUGCUGGCAGCUCUGUUAUUAUAAAACAGAUUUUUAUUAUAUCUUGUAGAUGGACAAAAUCACUGAUAAUUGAGGAAGUGAUAAUAUCUUGGCUUUGUACCAGCUGAAGGCUUCUUAGUUUAUUAGUCUAUGUCAACUGGAAAAAUCUUAUGAUUUGCUGGCUUGAUUACUUCAGGAUUAACUGUCAAUAUUCUGGCUAGUCAGCAUUCUUCUUUUUUUUCAUUGAAGUUUUUACCUUUGCUUUCAUACUAUGCUAAAUGAAAAUUUAUAUUGGAUAAUUAAUCAGAAUUAAAAAUCAUAAGGAACUAAGUGACAAUUGAGAGGCAGGUUUCGUUUAAAAAGAGAUUCUAAAGAGAUCUAAAAAAUAGAUUUUUAUCACUUUUAGAGUGCACUGUAAAGUUAGUAAGGAGUCUUUAAAGCAUUUUACAUUUUUGUUUAAGCUGUAGACCACAUCAGUGGUUAGUAUACUCUAGAAGUAUUAGGCCUUAAAAGCUUAGUAUGAACAGUUUGUUUACUUUCCAAUGUUGCUGUUGCUUCUCUGGAAAUGUAUUAUAUCUACACCAGUUUUCUAGUAAGGCUGUAGUACCUUUCCACAGAUUUGGUUUUUUUCCCACUUCGCCCUCAUUCUGUUCUUGGUUUAUGAAAAUCAUCAGGCAGCAUACAAUAUCAAGGACAGCAAUCUCUGCAGUUUUACUAGUUUGUUUUGGCUCUUUAUCCCUAGUUGCAAAUGUCUGUACAUUGUGCAGGGAAUGCUCUCAAUGUCGGUUCGGAACACAAACUUUGUGACAGGGACCGUUUUUGCUUCCCUUACAGAGCUGUGAGAGUGCAUCCUUGCAAGGAUUUAGGCUUAUUCCUUUCCAUUUACAUAGAAGAACGCAGGGAUCAGUUAUUUCUUUUUCAUUUGUUAAUUAUUUUAUUACCAACAGGGCUAACUGUUUUCUGCAGCGCUGUAUAGUGCAUGAUAUCUCAGUGCUCUUUUUAGCAGUGAAAACUUCACAACUCAGCAGCCUGAAGUUUAUAAAAUGGGAAAGCUUCCUAAUUUGUAUAAUUCCACCUUUCUGUGUUGUUACUAAUCAAAAGCAGUUCUUAAACAUUUUGAUGUUGUUGCUAGUGGAUGUAUGGUAGAUGGAUUUAAGCUUCUCUGAUAAUUAUUACAUGAUUUUAAACGUAUAUAUUUAAAAUAAGCAUCUACAAUAAAUGUGUUGAGCCAUAUUAA